ACUUCACCUUGAUCACAUGACAAUCAUGUGACUGCCACUUUUCACAUUUGUCAAUAUAAUAUAAAGCAACAAUUUAUCAAGAUGCCAUUAAAGAAUAUACCAAAGGUAUUAUCUCCUGAACUCUUAUAUGUGUUGGCUGAUAUGGGACAUGGAGAUGAUAUAGUAUUGGCUGAUGCUCACUUCCCAUCUUCAGCAAUAUGUAAAUGCAAUCGUGCAAAGUUGGUUAGAUGUGAUGGUUUACCUAUACCUCAACUAUUAGAAGGUAUAUUGCAGUUGUUACCUUUAGAUCCUUAUGUACCACAACCUGUAGGUGUAAUGGAUCCAGUACCAUCAGAUAAAGAUAAGGGAAUAACAAAACCACCAAUAUGGGAUACCUAUUUCAAUUUGAUUAAUAAAUCAGAAGGGAAAGAGAUAUCUGUAGAGAAAAUUGAAAGAUUUGAAUUUUAUGAGAGAGCUAAGAAAGCUUUUGCAGUAGUUCAUACAGGAGAAACAGCCAUAUAUGGAAAUAUAAUAUUGAAGAAAGGUCUUGCUUUAUAAAAAUUUGUCGAAAGAAGGGUGUUUAAUUAAAAAUAGGUUUAAUUUCCAAAAUACAUAAUUAAUUUGACAUUGAUAAUUUGUUUUUUAAAGAAGGGUGUGGUAUUAAUACAUAAUAAAUCUGACAUUAAAAUUGUAUAUAUAGUAGAGUGUGCUAUAUUAUAUGGUUUAAUAUAUAAAUAUAACUGUAAGAGAAUUGAAGCUAGAAGAAGUAAAUCAUUAAGUUGUGUAUUUUAUAAUGAUAUAAAUAACAGUCUGAUUAGGAUCAAUAAUAAAACUGUUGAUAUUUUGUGUGGUGACAAUGUGUCUUCUCUGAUAAUCUAAAAACAAUAUCUGAUAAAAUUAGGUAUUGGACUAUUUCAACAAUUAAUGUCAAUUUAAUCAUUUUGAAGCUUUUAUAGGUUAUAUAUAUGGGGGUCACAGAUUUUUUGUGCAAGUUUUACUAAGCAAUAAUUAUUAUUUUUUUAUAUAACAUGAUAGGUAGUUAAACUAACUAAAAUGUAAUUUUUGCAUUUAUAUCUUACUUUUCAUAUAAAAAAAAUAUAAAGGAUAUAUUUUCUCAACAGCCUAUAUAUACGUAACAAACUAUUGAGAAAUAUAUUCAAACUACAGAUAAUAUGUGUUGCUAAAAGAAGAUACCAUGUAAACUAUUAAACCUUAUUGAAUUUCCAGGACGGAGGGCCUGACAAGGACAGCUGUCUAGUCGUUCGGAUGGGAUGAAAAACUGAGGUCCCGUGUACACAUUGCCAUGCACGUAAAAGAUCCCUUGGCAGUUGGAAUUCAAUAUAAGAGUAGGCGAUAGUGCCGCUGCCCGGGCAAAAUUCCCUCAUAGCGCACUGUAUGGCGUAUGCCCGUCUUCAUUAGCCCAGGUUAGGAGCAGAACAGUAGGACGUUAAACCCCAUUUCAUUUCAUUUCAUUUAUUGAAUUUCAAAUCUAAAAAUACUAUUACUUUCAGUCUAGAAAUACUUUAUUUUAUAGGUCAUAAGAAAUAUACUUUAAUCUGAAAAAAAAAAUAUUCUCAGGUUUGACUUACUGUAUUGAUUUAGUACUUCAAGAUUGCAAUAUAUCAUUUAACAAGCCUUGUGAUUAUUUAAUAAAAAUAAAUUUGAUAUAAUAAAAAGUAAUAUUUUAUUACA